AUGGCUCCAGGGGCAUACAAAGGAGAAGAUGGCAACGCGCUUGCUCCUAUAUCAAUGCCAUAUCUGCAAAAGACAUUGUUACAGGCUAUGAAACCUGUGUUGUCUGAGCUAGCUGACAUUGAGACAGAGAUCAGCUAUGGAGCCACCGAACACUCAUUAUCCGAUAGGUUCCUCUAUCCACAUGUCUUCAGAACUGUCCAGAAUCACCACAUCCACAAUAUGGUCAUCACCAAACUGUUGGAGCACUUUGGCUGGACCUGGGUUGGGAUUUUAGUGUCGGAUGAUGAUACCGGAGAGAAUGAACUGCAAAUACUGACAAAGUACAUGAGAGAGCACGGGGUCUGUGCCGCCUUCACCAUAAAACUUACACAGCAGAAUGUCAAGAACAAUGAGCGGAUUUUACAAGUUUUGAAGAAUCCACAAAUCAAUAUCAUUAUAAUGUGUGGGAGCUUAUCUCUCAAUGGACUUCGAUUACUAAUUUACCAUCCAUCUGUAUUUAUAGACAAAAUCCUUAUCCUUCCACCAUCCUGGGCUUCCAGUUACUUCAUUACAGAAUGUCAGUACCCAGAACUGAAUGGAAGUCUAGCAGUUGAAUAUUCAUUACAAACUUUUCCAGGAGAGGAAGAUUUGGUGAGAAAAUACAGGAAACUCCCCAAUAUAGACCAUGAUGAGUUUAUGUGGACAUUAUUAGAUAUACUAGCAGGAACUGGAGAUAAAGAUUCCUUCAUUACAUAUAAUUAUACUAAUAUAGAGAAUAAUGACACUUAUACAUAUACUAUGCCAAGUAUGAGGAAUUACCUCUCGUCAGGGGUCUCUCCACGACUGUAUUAUGCAGUAGAAGUCCUGGCAAAAGCUCUACAUGAAAUGUUCUCAUUUAUAGGAGACCAAUAUGGAGAAAACUCAAUAACCAGAGUCAGACAUUACACACGGAGGUUACAGCGCUACAUACAAUGGAUGAAGAAUCCACUGGAUCCAAUGAAACCUUCAUAUUACUUUAAUGAAGAGAGGGAAGCUGUUCACCCAUAUAAGAUAAUAAACUGGAUAAUUAUAAAUAAGACCACACAUAGAGAUGUACGUAAGGUGGAAGUAGGAAAUUUUACACCAUGGGCCGUCAGUGGAGAACAGCUUCACAUAAACACCCAGUCAAUAACAUGGAAACAGACAAAGGAGAACACAGUCCCGGUAUCCCGCUGCUCAGACCCGUGUUUACCUGGAAGCCGGAAAAUGGCGAGACCAACAAUUCACACCUGCUGCUAUGACUGCGUCCCAUGUUCAGAAGGAGAGAUAUCCAAUAUAACCGAUUCUGACAGCUGCAUUAAAUGCCAAAGUGAUGAAUGGCCUAAUGAGAAGAGAGACCGAUGCCGGCCCAAAGUAGUGGAAUUCAUCUCUUACCAGAACGACACCAUUGCUUCUGUCUUCUCCUGUGUCUCGGUCUUCGGAUGUCUUGUGACCGGCUUCAUAUUUGGAAUAUUAAUUUCCUAUCGAGACACUCCUAUCGUUAAAGCCAAUAACCGGAACCUGAGUUAUCUCCUCCUGGUCUCCAUCAUCCUCAGCUUCCUCUCUGUCUUCUUGUUUCUGGGCCGUCCCAAUGAUGUGACUUGUAGAUUACGUGAAACCAGUUUUGGAAUCUUCUUCUCAGUAGCCGUCUCUUCACUUCUCGCCAAGACUGUGAUGGUUUGUGUUGCUUUUAAGUCCACCAAGCCUGGAAGCCCUUGGAGAAAAUGGCUCAGUGUGAAACUACCAUAUACCAUAGUGUCAUUGUGUUCAUCCUUUCAAGCUGUAAUCUGUGUUAUCUGGAUGUCUAUUUCUCCUCCAUUCCAGGACCUGGACACUGACUCUUAUCCUGGGAAGAUCAUCAUUCAGUGUAAUGAAGGCUCCGAUAUCUGGUUCUACUCCAUGUUGGGUUAUCUGGGGCUCCUGGCAGGUGUGAGCCUUGUUCUGGCUUUCAUAGUGAGGACAUUACCGGACAGUUUUAAUGAGGCCAAGUACAUCACCUUCAGCAUGCUGGUGUUCUGCAGCGUCUGGAUCUCCAUGAUCCCAGCUUAUCUGAGCACCAGAGGAAAGAACAUGGUGGCUGUGGAGAUAUUUGCAGUAAUGGCUUCCAGUGCUGGACUUUUAGGUUGUGUGUUUUUUCCAAAAUGUUUUAUUAUUUUGUUUAAAUCUGAAAUGAACAGAAAAGCUGACCUGCUGGGGACAAGAAAGAACUGA